AUGGUGCUUUGUUGCUGUCAAAAUGAAGAGGAUGCUGUAGCCGACAAGCGAGUGGAGGUUUCACAAAUGGAGAGGAAGGGGUUGCGGAGAUGUGCGCCGCCCAAACCGAUUUCACAGACAGUUCAAGAAACGGCAGUUCAGGUAAAUGUGUAUAGUUUGUUGGAGCAGAACAAGCAGCUGAAGAAGGUGGGUAUGGGGGUCUACCACUGUGGCGUUGUUGUAUACGGCAUUGAGUGGGGGUACGGUGAGUGCGUCGAGUCCGCGAACGCAUCGGGGCUUUUUUGUGUGUACCCGGGGCAGGCCGCCGGUACACUUUACCGCACGCUUUUCUUGGGCGUCACCACGCACUCCCCGCAGCAGGUUGACACGAUUCUUCACAGGCUGGAAAAUGAAUGGCGGAGUAGUGAAUAUCAUAUUCUCAACCGCAACUGCAAUCACUUUGCUCAGCGGUUCUGUGAAUUGUUGUCGACGGUGCAGAAGUUACAAAUACCGACGUGGUGCAAUCGUGCGGCACGUGUGUGCAAUAAGUUAGUUCCAAGGAGGUUAGCCACUUACGUCCAUCGUUUGAUUGAGGAGGAGGCUCCAAAGGCCUCACCGCCGGAUCGUUCACGUGUCAGGGAGAUACCAGAGUCUGUGAUACCGCGGGAUUGGUACCUCCACCCCUCCAUCUCUCAAAAGCCCCGGUAUGUCAUUCCGUUUGAGUCUCGGAAUUCUAGGCCUGAUUUGAAGGCGCCAGCGAAGCAACCCGUCGGUCCCACUGCAGGGGUCGCAACCCGCACGGACUCGGAUGCGAGUUUGAAGGACAUCAUGACGACUCCCCCCAUUUCAAAUGGCGGUCCGUUACAGAGCGCAUCUCCGGCCGUUGAACGCUCCGUACUUCCGGAGAUUCCGUUACCGUUAAUGCAUGAUUUGAAUGAAGUUUGCUUCUUCACGACAGGGCAUGGUGUGUCGUUUCGAAGUCACGAUGACACAACACCUUCUGCCGCUUCUCAGGUGAGUUUUGAGACCCGGAGAGAAGUAGAACAUAACGUGCAGAUUGAGAGUCUGAAUUCCCAAGUAAGCAUCGCCCAUGUGGGAAUACUGGGCUCUGAGGAGGAGCAUACGGAGGCUACUGACAAACUUAUCCCCAUUGCUGAUAGUGUCCAGGGGGGUAUAAAGGAGGGUGCAAUGCAAGAAGAAGAAAAAGAACCCACUGCAUUGUUUCAAUCCAUACAUAUGGAUGAAAUGGACGUGAAGAGUGCAUUGACUCGAUUCACAGAGGAAGAUGCGACGCCUAUUACUUGUUCAUUACCAGUAGUAGCUCUGCAUAAUGAUGAGGAUGACAAUAAUGAUAAUGAUGAUACCGCAAAGGAAGAAUUGAAAAAGGAAAAAGAGAAGGAGCGGUUGGUCAAUGACAAAUAUGAUGCCAGUUACCACACAGAGAGUAUAGAACCCUGGCAGACAUCAAUCAAAGGGAAUAAAUUAUUCUGUAAACCGACAAUCUUUUCAAAAAGUUUAGAAGAUAACUCAAAAAUAAAUGCAAAAAAGAUGGCCUUAAAGAAUCUUGUCAGAAGAUCGUCGUACUCUUGGGAUAUGUUUUCUAGGGUUCCACAGGAUACCGCGGGGUGUACAACAAAGAUGGUGAAAGAUGACUUGUGCCUCUUUCUCCUGCAAACGGAGAAGAGGGGAACUGUGUCAACAAAUGUCGGAUCUUUUUCAGAAUUAGACAGAAAACCUCCAUUGGAUGAUGUGGAAAUGAACACAGUAUCAUCUAGCCCUAUCUAUAGUGACCCUGAGGGUGACGAUGAAAAGCAUGAUGCCAAGUUGGGUGAUUUAGGUUUAUGCUUCGUAACGCGGGAGAGGAUUUCAGAAGAUGUGCUUUCGAAGACUAAAUCCAGUGCGGGCGCUUUCAAUCCAUUGUUGCAUUUGUAUGGUACGCCAGCGUUGCGGAGAAACCGCUCUUGGCCUCCUUGA